ACUCACACUGAGAUCUUUGUCACAAACUUUCGGAUUUCCUGCAGAAAGAUGGAGACGCUGCUCACUCUCGCCAUCGCUCUUACCUUAACCACCUCAGUGUCCAUGACAACCAUUUCAUCGCCAGUUACCGGCGGUCGAGAUUUUUCUACACAUCCUGUAUCCGUGACAACUGACCAGAUGGUCAGCUCGACCAGUGCAACCACCAAGAAAGAAACCAAUCCCACCAGUGAGCGCACAACAGCACACGGAUCCGCCACCAGUCUGUCCAGUGUCACCCCCACAAGGGACACACUUCCCACCAGUGAGCGCACAACGGCACACGGAUCCGCCACCAGUCUGCCCAGUGUCACCCCCACAAGGGACACACUUCCCACCAGUGAGCGCACAACGGCACACGGAUCCGCCACCAGUCUGCCCAGUGUCACCCCCACAAGGGAAACAGGUCUCACCAGUGAGCGCACAACGGCACACGGAUCCGCCACCAGUCUGCCCAGUGUCACCCCCACAAGGGAAACAGGUCUCACCAGUGAGCGCACAACGGCACACGGAUCCGCCACCAGUCUGCCCAGUGUCACCCCCACAAGGGAAACACGUCCCACCAGUGAGCGCACAACGGCACACGGAUCCGCCACCAGUCUGCCCAGUGUCACCCCCACAAGGGAAACACGACCCACCAGUGAGCGCACAACAGCACACGGAUCCGCCACCAGUCUGCCCAGUGUCACCCCCACAAGGGAAACAGGUCCCACCAGUGAGCGCACAACGGCACACGGAUCCGCCACCAGUCUGCCCAGUGUCACCCCCACAAGGGAAACCAGUAACCACACACCACCACCAGGGUCCAAUGUAACCAUUGAAACCAGUCACUCUGUCAGCUCCACCAGCAGAGAAACAAGUUCCAUGUCUGACCACAUAUCAGCGUCACCUGAACCCCAUGUGAACGCCACAACUGGUCCCGGGGUCACCCAGUACCGCAAACACUGCACACGCUGCAACCGGUUCCAUGACACCAACCACGGGCUCCAUGGCAACAAGGACGGGGACUACAACAGCCAGCAGCUCGUCUGUUUCUGUUUCCCCGAAUGA